AGACUCGAGGUCACAGAGCCAACUGCUCCUGAGCUGGCCAUAUCUGAGGAAGCUUCAGUCCAGGGAUGACUGACACUAUGAACCUUCACUGACUGUCAGGUGGGGUGAGACAGGGAUCAGGAGGGGCCACCAGCAAUGCAGGACCAACACUUGAGACCAGGGGUAGUCCCUCAAAAGGAGCAUCUGCCUGGGCAAAUGAGUGCUGAAUGUGAUGGUUUGGGGACAGUUGAUGGAGCAUGUUCAAGCAUUUUGCAGGACCAAGUCUUUCCAAGAGAUGCUAUUCAUGAUGGUGACUCACGUGGACCAGUUAUAGAUGCCAUGACUCGCGAAGAAAGACAUUCUUAUAUUUGCACUGAAUGCGGGAAGGAGUUUAAGAAGAGACACCUCCUUACUCAACAUGAGCAGAUUCACUCUGGAGUGAAGCCCUUUGAGUGUACAGAAUGUGGGAAAACUUUCAGCAAGAGCACAACCCUCCUUCAACACCACAUCAUCCACACUGGGGAGAAGCCCUAUCAGUGCACAGAGUGUGGGAAGGCCUUCACCCAGAGGGCACACCUAACUCAGCACCAGCGGAUUCACACUGGGGAGAAGCCCUUUGAGUGCAGUGAAUGUGGGAAGGCCUUCACCCACCACUCCACGUUUGUCUUGCAUAAGAGGAGCCACACAGGAGAAAAACCCUUUGUGUGCAAGGAGUGUGGGAAGGCCUUUCGUGAUCGGCCAGGCUUCCUUCGACACUAUACCAUCCACACUGGAGGAAAGCCCUAUGAAUGCAGUGAGUGUGGGAAGGCCUUCAAUCACAGGUCUGAACUUACACGGCACCAGCGGCUUCAUAAUGAGAAGAAACACUAUGAGUGCAUUGAGUGUGGGAAAACCUUCAACUAUAGGUCACACCUUGCACAGCACCAGCGGAUUCACACUGGGGAGAAGCCCUAUCAGUGCAGAGAUUGUGGAAAGGCCUUCAGCCAAAGUGCCCACCUAACUCAGCAUCAGCGUAUCCACACUGGGGAGAAGCCCUAUGAGUGCAGUGAAUGUGGAAAGACCUUCGCCCACCUCUCCACGUUUGUUUUGCAUAAGAGGAGCCACACAGGAGAAAAACCCUAUGAAUGCAAGGAGUGUGGGAAAGCCUUUCGUGAUCGGCCAGCCUUGUUUCGACACUACAGCAUCCACACAGGAGAGAAGCCCUAUGAGUGUAGUGAGUGUGGGAAGGCCUUCAACCGUAAGGCUCACCUCACUCAGCAUCAGAGGACUCAUACAGGGGGAAGCCCUAUCAGUUGCACAGAGUGUGGGAAAACCUUUAGCAAGAGCACAAACCUCCUUCAGCACCAUGUCAUCCACACUGGGGAGAAGCCCUAUGAGUGCACAGAGUGUGGGAAGGCCUUCAGCCUCAGGUCAUAUCUUGCAAGACACCAACAAUUUCACACAGGGGAGAAGCCCUAUGAGUGCACUGAGUGUGGGAAGGCUUUUAGCCACAGGUCACAUCUUGCACAGCACCAGCGGAUUCACACUGGGGAGAAGCCCUAUGAGUGCACAGAGUGUGGGAAGGCCUUCAGCCGCAAGUCACACCUUGCACGGCACCAGCGGAUUCAUACUGAGGAGAAACCCUAUGAAUGCACAGAGUGUGGGAAAGCCUUCACCCAAAGUGCACAUCUUGCACAGCAUCAGCGAAUUCACACUGGGGAGAAACCCUAUGAGUGCAGUGAAUGUGGAAAGACCUUCGCCCACCUCUCCACUUUUGUCUUGCAUAAGAGGAGCCACACAGGAGAAAAACCCUUUGUGUGCAAGGAGUGUGGGAAAGCCUUUCGUGAUCGGCCAGCCUUCAUUAGACACUACAGUAUUCAUAUGGGAGAGAAGCCCUAUGAGUGCAUCGAGUGUGGGAAGGCGUUCAACCGCAACGGGAGUUACCAGGACGGCUUCACAGCAGCUCCUUUUUCUCCCCGACUGUGCACCCACUCUCAAGAGAAAAAGGGCGUUUCCUGCGGCUCACGCCUGUGGGGGCGGGACUUCCUGCGUUUUGCGGGUUACGUCAUGUAUCUGCGGCCAUUCGGGGCCCGGGACCUGAACGCCCCUUACAUCGGGGAGACUGCGGCCCCGGGGUCCCGCGAUGGCGGCGGCGCGGCGGGACCAGGCCCAGCCGUUCGCUCAGUGCGAGUGGAGGUGGCUGGCUCCUUGUCAUCCUCAGUCCUGCAACCGUGUCGGGCCUCUGACGGCUGCUCCGUCAGUGAUUGGAGGAUGAGUGAGAACCAGGGAGGCCCAGUUGCCACUGGUGGUAGUGUUGUUUUCAUGGCCAUCUUCAUCUUCUGA